UGCAGCCCCCAGUCGGCGGAGUGUGGGUGCUCGCUGCGUUCCAGGCAGCCGUCCGAGAUCCUGCAGUGCGGCCAUGGCAGACCCGCAGCCCGCGUCCAGCGGCCUCACCGACGAGGCCGCCCUCAGCUGCUGCUCCGACCCAGACCCCAGCACCAAGGAUUUUCUGUUACAGCAGACCAUGCUGCGCAUUAAGGAUCCUAAGAAGUCACUGGAUUUUUAUACUAGAAUUCUUGGAAUGACGCUACUCCAAAAAUUAGAUUUUCCCACUAUGAAAUUUUCACUCUUUUUCCUGGCUUAUGAGGAUAAAAAUGACAUCCCAAAAGAUAAAGAUGAAAAAGUAGCAUGGGUAUUCUCCAGAAAAGCUACACUUGAAUUGACACACAAUUGGGGCACUGAAGAUGAUGAGACUCAGAGUUACCACAGUGGCAAUUCAGACCCUCGAGGAUUUGGUCACAUUGGAAUUGCUGUUCCUGAUGUACGCGGUGCUUGUAAAAGAUUUGAAGAACUGGGAGUCAAAUUUGUGAAGAAACCCGAUGAUGGUAAAAUGAAAGGCCUGGCAUUUAUUCAAGAUCCUGAUGGCUACUGGAUUGAGAUUUUGAAUCCUAACAGCAUGAUAACUAUUACUUAGUUCUGUGAGAAUACUGUUUUGAGAUUUCAGUGAAGACAUUGUGGGAGGUAAAAAAGGACACAGUGGGAUUCAAGAUAUUCAGAUAACAGAAGCAUCUGGGAUUGGUGGAUCUUUGUCCCAAUUCAAAUUAUUUUUAAGUCCAUUUCCCUUUCCCAUUUCAGCUAUGUUUUUCACCUAACUGUUCAGUCAUUCUAGUUUUAAAGUAGUGCUUUGUCUUAUGUCCUUGAAUGUAGUUGUAUAACUUUACUUUUUUAGGUAAUAAUUAGAACAGUUCCCUUCAGAAAAUGCAUUUGCCCUCUAUGUCCUAAAUAUGAUUUCUCUACAAGUCUGCCUUUGAAUCAUCAUUUUUUUAAAAAAACAUUUAAAAUGUUUUUGUUGUAGUUACCUUCUGGGGUUUCACUUCCUCAGAAAUAACUUUUCACAAUAGAAAGUAAAGAACACUGAACAAAAAUGAAAUUUCAUGUGUACUUCAAAUAGUAUAAAGUGUUUAUUUUACAAAAGAGAAGGUACUCUUGGGAGCAAUUCAGAAUCAUGCUGACAAAGAUGCUGACAGAAAAACUAAUUUCUUCUUAUUUACAAAGUACUUUCGACAUUCAAGGACUAACCUGUUUUGGUAUGGGGAGGAGGAUGGGAAUACUGGGUAUGCAGACACUAGAGUAGGCUGUCACAUACUUUAUCUCAUUUAAUCCUCCCAACUAUCCUAUGAGAAAGAAAGCAGGCUAGACAUGUAAAAUAACUUUAAUGAAUUAAAGGCAAUAUAAAUAGGCUCAAGCACUCAAGAUCUCAUCAUCAUUUUUAGUAUUUAAACUGUACCUAAAGAUCAACACGUCACAACACCUCCUUCACUAGUCGCCUGUUGUGAAAACCUUCAGUGAGUUUGAGCAUCGUCCUCUCGGCUGUCGCGCCUGAGUACCACUGAGCGAAGCAGUGGAGGAAGUCUGUAGCACCCAACUGUGCUGGGGAUGCCUGGCUGUUCCCGCACGAGUGGUGCUUGUUAUUUGCGAAGAGCUCCUACCCCAAGGCCUUCCAGGUGCCAGUGAUCAUUUAGGAUAAAUUAUGUUCAGUGAUAACCUACAUUGGUUAUCAGACAUCAGCUCAGUGGUCUUCCCUGCCACGAUUGACGUUUGAUUGGUUUUAAAAAAUCCAAACUGGUUUUGAAAAUCUCUUAUGGCCCAGAGAAUAAGAACAUCCAGUUUGUGGUUCAACUACAUUUAGAUUUUCUGUAGACUCUAGUGGAAGACCUUUGGGUAGGCCCUGCCACCCGUGCGUACACUGCUAGAAGCACUUUACGUUUCCUUUUUGGAUGGAAUGGAUUCAUGUGAGCAAUUCAAACAAAUAGCACUACUUACAGACUGAAAUAAAAUAAAGUUUUAAAUAAGA